AUGGCGGCGGCGGCGGAGGUGCAGACCUUGCUGCGUUUCCUGACAAAAGAUGCCCGCAUUCCAUUGGCAGAAGCCAUGCCAAAGAUCCACGCUCUUCGGAAACAGCAGCUCAAUACGCCCGAGAGCAUCUCCAAGGCUGAUGAGGCUGACCUCAAACCGAUAUUUGCUGAUGAGAAGGUGCUGAAGCAGGUGAUCAACGCGGCCAAGCGUGCUUCUAAUCCCAAAAAACGAGCAGCGGCGCAGUCGGGUUCUCUAACCUCAAAGCGCACAAAGGCAGAUGGAGACACGCUCGAUGAUGAGACUUCUCUUGCGCUACCCCAAACAGAGAUGUCCAUUGCCGAGCUCGAGAAUGUCACCAUUGAGACGAACCGAGCACCUCUUUUCCUGGCCUUCGCGAUCGCGGUCCUCGCAUAUACGCAUCCCGAGCAGCCUCUUUCAAGCCGGUGGAGCCUGGCGCAAGCUGUCGUGAGCGCAGGUGCGCAAAGCAAAGCCAAAUAUCUCGGCCUCACAACUGGGCCAACUGCGGAAGAAGAUGGCUGGGCACAGGGUCAGCCUAAAGUCAAGAUAAUGGGCCGCGAGGUGGCAGUGAUGCGAAGACACAUCACUCCCUCGGCUGGGUAUGAGACCAGUGUCCCCAGCGUAGCGUUAUGGGGACUUGAUCUCGAUGCACUUCGCAAAUCAAAUGGACCAUUGAUUGUGGGUAAGGACAUUAAGAGCUCUGCCGGCCCUCCUAUACACAAACCUCUUUCACCUCGAAACUAUCUUCUCAAAUCCAUGAUUAUUGUUGAGUCGAGCAACGCAGAAUCCGAAAGAGCUCCCAAUGAAAAGGCACCGGCCAUGAAGAAGACCAAUCCGAAAGAAUUGGCGAGUAAGAGAGAGGAAGCUGCCGCUAUGGUUCUUAAAGCGAUCGACACAGUUUGCAAGAGUUGGAAAUCGAGUUUGAACCCGCAAGAGCUCGACCAGAGGGCGCAGACUUGGUACACGCGGGUUCGACCAGAUGUCGAACAAGGCCAAGCCGGCUGGGGACAACGAGGCCAAGUACGUCUCGCAGACAUUCUCGCUCUGAGGAAAAUAUAG